AUGGCUGAUUUGACUGGUUACGAACUUGCAAGGACCAGUAAAGUGAUAGACAAAGACUACGAGACAGUCUGGGUCGUUGUUACCGGCGCCUGGAGGAUUGUAGAAUUGGCUGUGGGCUGGUAUGGCGGCUAUGAUGAUCUCGACAUAGCCGCGCUCACCAUUGUCACACACUACCCAUAUCUGUAUCUCUUAAACACUUUCUACCUUCUUAGUUCGACUACGGCCACCGCUGCACUUGCAAUCGAUGUCCUCUCUAUCUCCUUGCCUAUCCGUCUAUUACGACCACGUUCACCUACCCACUCGCCAAAGGCUACAGCGGCCGAGGUACCUGACAGGAAUAUCAUCAACGAUAGAUCUAUCAUCUUUAUAACAAGCUUCCUUGGAUCCGGUAUAUAUACCGUUAUCAUCUUGCUUGCGCUUCGUGUUGGACUCAACUCAUUCCUGAUCAACAAUUUUGGUGACAUUCCGAGCCUCGCGGCGCGCGAUCUUACCAAUGCUGCCAACCUGGUAUUUAUCUUCCUUCCAGUAGGCUGGGCCGUUCGUGAAUUUAUUCUCGAUCCAUCUCUGGGGUCUGAAGCUCAGCCCACUCUGAAAGACGUAGUAGACUCUGCUUUCAACCCUGCAACCGCAUCUCUUACCGAGACAAUGGAACACAAUGUUGGGAGCUUGAGCAAGCGAACUAAAGUCGUGUUCCGUAGAACGGCUCUACUCUCGACAUUGGCCCUCGCGAACACCACAAUCCAGGUGUUCACACGUGUGAAGGGCGCAGAGCUAGUGGGCGCAGUAGGAUGGGCUGCGCUCUUUGCAAUGCCUGCGUGGGUCGUCGGCGGCGCGUAUCUAAUUGUGGGAGAUGCCUAA